AUGUCUGCGGACGAUUCCUUUAAUAGUGAUAGUGACAACUCUCUACCUGAACCUAUAAACGAAAUAGAAAGCGGGGAGGAGAAUAGUCAUGAAGAUCAUAUGGGAGUCAGACCAUAUCGCUUUGAGCCUCGGAGGGCUGAAGGAGUUGCAAGUGUCGGGGACAACGCGGCUCAGUACACACAGAAUUCUGUCCAAGUCAGAGAGGAGGGUGAUCUCUCGUGGUGUACAUGUGGUACAUGUCAACCUAUUGAAUGUCCAGACAACAGGUUUUGCUGUCAAGAAUGUGACAAAACAAAAGCUAAAAUUAAUGAGGGAAGCAAACAGACCAAUCAGGAUUUUAUUUGUAUAACAUCCCAUCCUGGAUUUCAAAGUGUUUGUUUGGAUCCAUGGGUUCUAGAAACAGCCUAUUAUGCUUACCGACAAGAAUGGGGAAGAAUACAGAAACCCCUGCAUCAGUGA